CCAAAACCAUAAGACAAACAAAACAUUCUCCAAUUCUCUCUUAAGUUAAGAUGAAGCUCUUCGUUGCAUCUUUCCUUCUCGUCUCUCUCGUCCUCACUUCCUCAUUCUUCGAGCUUUCGGCAGCCGGUUCGCCGAAGAAUGAUGAAGACUCGUGCCAUGGAAAGUGUACGGCAAGGUGUUCCAAGGCAGAGGCGAAGGACCAAUGCCUUAAGCACUGCAAAAUAUGCUGCAAGAAAUGCCACUGUGUCCCCUCCCACAAGGACGACUGCCCUUGUUACUCCCACAAAAACGACUCCAAGGGCAAGCCCAAGUGCCCUUAGAACUUCACACAUAUACAUACACCUAUAUAUAUACACACCAACACACCCACCAUGAGCACGGUGUAUGUAUAUAUAUAUAUAUAUAUAUAUAUGUAAAUGAAUAAGCGUGUGGGUGUAAUUUACUUCUGAACUGAUGAUUAAUGAGUAUGUAUAUAAGCUGUAUAUAUAUAUAUAUGAUGUAUGUGUGAGCUAUCUAUGUCAUUGAAAUAAUGCUAAUGUAUGGGGAUUGAGACU